AUGUGUGGCAACUACUGUGGAAACUACUAUGGCAGCUGUGGCUAUGGAGCCUGUGGCUACAGAGGCCUGGGCUGUGGCUAUGGAUCCCUGGGCUGUGGCUAUGGCUGUGGCUAUGGUGGCCUGGGAUAUGGCUAUGGAGGCCUGGGCUGUGGCUAUGGCUGUGGCUAUGGAUGUGGGUCCCGCUCUCUCUAUGGCUGUGGCUACAGAUGUGGCUGUGGUUAUGGCUCUGGCUUUGGCUACUAUUGA